AAGAAGGGCCUGCUUUUUGCAGUCUCAACAUAGCAAAGGUGAAAGACUUGAGAAGAGAGCAUGGUGAUCUUCAGGUUUCAACUCCCAAAUAAAAUUUAUCAGAAACUUGUAAUCCCAAACCAACCUGGACCAGGGCACCAUGGUCCAGCAUGGCAGCAGUGUAUGGAAUGGAAAUUGAUUUCCUGGGACUUAGUUCACCAUGACCAGCCAUCCAGACACUCAGAGGCCUCUGCAAACACUGGCAAGAUGCAAAAGAGUUCAGCUACUCUUCCAGGUGGUAUUGGACUUUGAUGUUGUCCACAUGGUAUGGUUUUAGGUGCCUGCAAAAUGCAAGAGUUGUGCAUUCAGAAAGGCUUCCACCCAGAUUUCAGAAGAAGGCCAGAAAGUCCAGGCCAUGUGCCUGUUAGAGGGAAGUACAUGAUGCUGUGGGUAUGAAGCCAAAGCAGUGGAGAGCCCAGGAUAUUGGAAAAACCAAGGAAGUGAAUCACUCGAGGAAAGCUGGAAGAAGUGAAAAAGUCUGACCCCAGAGUGAGGCCAUGAGGAGACUCUGGACUUGGACUUUUCAGCAACUGCAGUGCUGAAACUCCUAGGACUUUGGCAACUCCUAGAGGUGGACUAAAUGCAUUCUACACAUGAGUCUUUUUAGGGCCAGAGGCAGAAAUUUGUAUCAAGAUGUCCCCUCCUGCACCCAUGGGGGAGGUGACUGGAUCAUGGAUAUGUGUUCCUAAUCCAUGGCACCUGCCAAGGAUGGGACUUCACACAGAUUGAUGUGACUGGAAGGAAAGCAGUGUGAUCCGCGUUGAUCUGUGCACUGCACUGGGCCAAUAGCUGUGUGAUGCGGGAGAGGUCGGACAGUGUUGUCCAUGCUUAUGUUGCUGUGCCAUUCAACCUUGUUUGUGAUCGGAAGCACCUGAAGCAGACCUUGCAGUCGGUGUUCAUGGCUGGAUUUCUUGCUGGGACCUUCAUCUUCGGGCCCCUCAG